AUGGAUGUCACGAAAGCGGUGGAAACAUAUGUAUCGAAGAUUGUAGCGGAACCCUCGGCCAUGAAGGUCCUGCUUCUGGACUCGCAUACGACACCAAUAGUGUCACUUGCAUCCACGCAGUCGACGCUACUAUCCCAUCAGGUCUAUCUCACCGACCGUAUUGACAAUCAGAAGCGCGACCGAAUGCCUCAUUUGAAAUGUGUCUGCUUUCUUCAGAGCAGCGACGAUAGCCUUGACGCUCUCCAAGUAGAACUCAAGGAACCCAAAUAUGGAGAGUACUACCUGUAUUUCAGCAAUAUCUUGAGCAAAUCUGUCAUUGAACGCCUUGCGGAAGCAGAUGAGUACGAAGUGGUGCGAGAAGUUCAAGAAUACUUCGCAGAUUACGCUCCAUUACUCCCUUCAUUAUUUUCCCUCAAUCACAUUCCUUCAAGCUCGAAACCAAUAUACGGAACAUCCCCGAACACAUGGAAUUCCGACGCUCUAGAGCGGUCAGUUCAGGGAAUAACCGCUGUGCUGCUGAGUCUGAAGAAGAAACCUCUAAUACGGUACGAGAAGAUGAGUGGCAUGGCGAAGAAACUGGCCGCGGAAAUACAGCACCGGAUACAUUCCGAAUCUGUACUGUUUGAUUUUCGACCGACACAAAUACCGCCCUUGCUGCUUAUCCUAGAUCGACGGAAUGACCCAGUAACUCCACUACUUUCCCAGUGGACCUAUCAAGCGAUGGUUCACGAACUAAUAGGCAUCCAAAAUGGUCGAGUGGACCUUAGCUCAGUUCCAGACAUAAGGCAGGAACUCUCGGAAGUCACGCUUACUACUUCCACCGAUCCAUUCUUCCAAGCGCAUCAUCUCGAAACUUUUGGGGAUUUAGGCACUUCGCUGAAGGAUUAUGUGCAAUCAUACCAGUCGCGAUCUUUGGCCCACUCCCCAUCCUCGAUCAACUCAAUAUUAGAUAUGAAGCGGUUUAUCGAGGACUAUCCUGAAUUUAGGAAGUUGAGUGGGAAUGUGAGCAAGCACGUCGCAUUGGUUGGCGAACUCAGCCGGCUGGUCAGCAAACACAAACUUCUCGAAGUGGGAGAGGUGGAACAAGGGCUGGCCACUAGUUCUGGAGCUGAUUAUAAAGACGUUCAGAACGUGGUUAAAGAUAGUGCCAUUACCUCAAUACAUAAACUUCGUAUCGUGAUAUUGUAUGCUCUUCGCUAUCAAAAGACACAAGCAACGAACAUUGCUAAUCUGAUCAAUCUCCUUCUCGCAAAUGGAGUUUCUCGCGAAGAUGCACGGUUGGUGUAUGUCUUCCUGAAUAUUUCGGGUGCAGAUCAGCGUCAAGAUGAUCUGUUCUCUACCGAAUCUCUCCUUGCGAAGGGUCGAUCUGCACUCAAAGGUCUCAAGGGAGUCGAGAACGUCUAUACUCAGCAUACGCCUCAUCUUUCUCAAACCCUUGAAAAUAUUUUCAAAGGUCGAUUAAGGGAUACGAGCUACCCUUUCCUCGAAAAUCCUGGUGCAAACGCUUCAUUGCAACGCCCUCAAGAUAUCAUCAUCUUCAUGAUAGGAGGAACGACCUACGAGGAAGCCAAAACCAUAGCACAGAUAAACCAGCAACAGUCCGCGGCAUCAUCUAAUGGCGGACUUUCAAGUGCUGGAGCCCGACUACUGCUUGGUGGAACAUGUGUCCAUAAUUCGACGUCAUACCUCGAAAUGAUUCGUACAGCGGCAGAACAUUUCCCAGUAUCAGUGUACGAGCCUCCGCCAGAGUCUGCGUCUAAUGCGCCUGUCCUGAACCUAAACCUUGGAGGCGUGAAUACGACGGACGACGUGAAGGUCAAAACCCGCACUGGCGCUUUCUUGACUCUCUUAUCCGCUGCAAUUAUACUAUCAUUUACUGUUAUGGAGUUCGUGGACUAUCGAAGAAUUUACACCGAUACAUCUCUCGUAGUCGACAGAAGCAGAGGAGAGAAACUCACAGUUCGUUUAAAUGUCACAUUUCCAAGGGUCCCUUGCUAUCUACUCAGUUUGGACAUCAUGGAUAUUAGCGGCGAGACACAAAGAGAUAUAUCGCACAACGUCCUCAAGACCCGAUUAGAACCUUCUGGCAAGGUCAUUCCCGGCUCAAGGAGUGCAGACCUGCGAAAUGAUGUGGACAAGUACAACGAUGCAAAAGCCCCGGAUUAUUGUGGUUCGUGUUACGGUGGAUUGGCGCCAGCUAGUGGAUGCUGUAAUACUUGUGAGGAGGUUAGGACGGCAUAUAUCAACAAGGGAUGGAGUUUCACCAAUCCUGACGCGAUCGAGCAGUGUAAGAAUGAGGGAUGGUCGGAUAAAUUGAAAGAACAGGCCAAUGAGGGUUGCAAUAUCGCUGGUCGUCUCCGCGUAAACAAAGUCAUUGGAAACAUUCACUUGUCACCUGGAAAAUCCUUCCAGAGUAGUGCACGGAACAUCUAUGAACUUGUACCAUACCUGCGGGAUGACGGAAACAAACACGACUUUUCACAUACGAUACAUCAGCUCUCGUUUGAGGGUGACGACGAAUAUGAUUACCGUAAAGCCAAGAUUGGUCGGGAAAUGAAGGCGCGUCUAGGACUUGACACAAAUCCACUGGAUGAUACCUUGCAUCGAGUGGGUACCUCCAAGGCACAAUACAUGUUCCAAUACUUCCUGAAGGUCGUGUCGACGCAAUUCAGGACUCUCGAUGGCAAGAUUAUCCACUCUCACCAAUACAGUGUGACUCACUUCGAGAGAGACCUGGCUGAAGGCGGCCUUGGUGACACCCCGCAGGGAGUGCAUUUGCAACAUGGAGUUUCUGGAGUACCUGGUGCGUUCUUCAACUUUGAAAUAUCGCCCAUUCUCGUGGUGCAUACGGACACCAGACAAUCCUUUGCACACUUUGUCACGUCAACAUGUGCUAUCGUCGGAGGAGUACUCACUGUGGCGUCGCUCCUUGACAGCGUGCUGUUCGCUACGUCGCGUGCUUUAAAAAAGCAGGCUAGUGGAGUAAAGGUCAUGUAA